CCCUCACCGGCCAACGCCGAAUACUUAAAACAAGCGCAGUAGCGAAACGCUAAAGUAAACCGUAAAACCAUAAACAAGUGUUCUGAAUUGAGCUUUAACGAUGUCAUCUAAUAGAUGACAUCUAUACACGUCUUCAAACAUAUAUUCCAGUUAUUGUCAAACGAUUGUUAGCUAACAGCAGAUUUGUAAUUUGUAAAUUGUUUUCACUAAAAUCUUAUUGUUUGCUCGCCUUUGCUUGGACUGGGUUCCCACCGUUAGCCACCGUUUGCAUCAGUUGUGAUAUUGAACCAGGGGAGCAGCGACAUGUCGGAGUCCGGCCACAGUCAGCCCGGGAUGUACGGGCAGGGCCGCCGGAGGAGGCGCCGCCGCGGAGACAGAGAUGUUGGAGCUCCGGGACAAAACCUGUCCGGUCCAAGUCGGGAUCGAGAAUAUCAACCAAGGGAACGAAGGGAUGGGAGCGAGGAUCCACCAGGCCCACUCAUUCAGAAGACCCCCAUCAUUCUUGCAAAACCCCCUGGGGAAAGGGCAAAGCCGUCACAGAAUACGCCUGUCAGCGGAGCUCCUGUCCUGGAGAAGCCCAUCAUGCUCAUGAAAGCCAGGGACGAUGGAGGGAAGCCGGGCACUCCUCCUGAAGCAGCAGCCCAGCCCACUGGUCCGGGACCCUCCAAGAUGGAGAGGGAGGGGCAGCGACCCACCCAGCCCGUGUACCAGAUCCAAAACAGAGGAAUGGGUGCUUCUGCAACGAGCAGCGCUGUGGACCCUAUGGUGGGCCAGUCUAAACUCCUCCCUCCGGAGAAGAUGAAGCACAGCAUUAAGCUUGUGGAUGAUCAGAUGAAUUGGUGUGACAGUGCCAUGGAGUAUCUGAGGGACCAGACAGAUAUGUUGGUGGUGGGAGUCAUCGGCCUGCAGGGAAGUGGGAAAUCUACGAUCAUGUCGCUAUUAUCUGCCAACACUCCUGAGGAAGAUCAAAGGGGUUAUGUAUUCAGAGCCCAGACUCAAGAAAUCAAGGAAAGAGGAGGAAACCAGAGCACAGGCAUCGAUUUCUUUAUCACACAGGAGAGAGUCAUCUUCCUGGAUACACAGCCAAUGCUCAGCCCAUCGAUUCUCGACCACCUCAUCAACAACGAUCGGAAGCUGCCCCCGGAGUACAACCUCCCCCACACAUAUGUUGAGAUGCAGUCUCUUCAGAUCGCAGCCUUCCUCUUUACAGUUUGCCAUGUCGUCAUUGUGGUUCAAGACUGGUUCACUGACUUAAACCUCUACAGGUUUCUUCAGACUGCGGAGAUGCUGAAGCCUUCGACUCCAUCUGCAAGUCAUGACAGCACUGGCUCAUCGGGCAAUGAUGAUGGAGCAGAGUACUAUCCUCAUAUAGUGUUCCUCCAGAAUAAGGCCAGACGGGACGAUUUCUGCCCAAGGAAUCUGAAUAACAUGCAUAUGGUGGUGGACAAAUUAAUGGCCCACUCUCAUCUCAAAUACAAAGGAACUUUGUCCAUGCUGGACUGCAAUAUCUUCCCUGGCUUGGGGCAGGACUAUCUGACUACUGAAGUCAACAUGUUCCUCCUUCCUAUGCAGGAGAAUGAUGGGGAGGAUAAUCUGACUAAAGCAGGGACGGGAACAUACCCGCUCUUCUCACUGCUGCCGGGGUACAAAGGACAUCCUGCCUUCCCCACCAUGGUCUCAAAACUCCGCAGCCAAAUACUAGCCAUGCCCCGAUGUCAGCUGUCACACACCAUCCUCACUGAGAAGAACUGGUUUCACUAUGCAGCUCGUAUCUGGGACGGGGUGAAGAAGUCCUCGGCCCUCUCUGAGUACAGCCGCCUGCUGUGCUAACACCGGGGUCAGACUGCUGCUUUAUACACUAGCUGUUGCAAGCUGUUUUGUCUGAUACUUCGGUAAAUGGAAUUGUGACUCUGCAGUUGAAGGCCAACAGGAGGCAGGAGCGAAACUAGAAUCUUGGACAUUUGUGAUUCAUGCAGACUUGUGGCAUAAAAUCCUGCGGACUCUUGGUGUUCUGUCAGAAAGUUGUGUAUCCCUGCCAUGUUCCGCAGUACGAAAGAAAGAGAAUACCACGUUUUAAGCAACACUUCAUAUGUUUUUAUUUGCAA